GUAACACCCGCUGCAUGUACGUGGCACGUAGGGUGGCGAUCUUGAGUGACGACGCAUCGAUACUGGUUUCAAUGCAUGGAAUGCGUGACGGCCUGACGGGUACAGCCAAACUCGCGGAGCAAACGCCAAGACAGACAGUGCUUACGCUGCCCUGCGUUUGCACUCUGGGCCGUGUAAGAGAGCUUGUGUUACGGCCCGCGAGUACUCAACCAAAGGCCCGAAAGUGAAAAGCCCAUGCCUAAAGCCCCCAAAAACCCCUAACAAACCUCAUUUUUACGGUCUUGCCCCUGUCAAUCCCCCACGCCGCGAGGCGCGAGCUUCCGCGAUGUUGGCCGCCGUCCGGCGCCGCCGCCUACUCCUCCUCCCGCUGCCUCUCCGCUUCUUCUCCGCCGCCGCCGCCGCCGCCUCCACCACCACCGACCCGAAGGUCGUAUCCUACCUGAUAUCCUCCUGUGGCCUCACCCCUGCCGCCGCCGCCCGCGCCGCCGCCACCUCGCCCUGGCUCCCCCUCGCCUCUCCGGACUUCGCCAGCAACGCCGACGCCGUCGUCGCGCUCCUCCGCCGCUACGGGUUCACCGACGCCGACAUCUCCGCCACCGUCCGGGCGUUCUCCAGGAUCCUCGCGUCCGACCCCGCCCGGACCCUCCAGCCCAAGCUCGACUACCUCCGCUCCGUCGGCAUCACGGCGCCGCUCCUCCCCCGGGUCGUCUCCCUCAGCCCCGUCAUCCUCCACCGCAGCAUCGAGUCCCACCUUGCCCCGCUCAUCGCCUCCCUCCGCGAGGUCCUCGGCUCCGACUCGCGCAUCGUCACCGCGCUCCGCCAGAUGCCGUUCGCCAUGCGCUGCAGCCCCAAGGCCACCUUCCUCCGGACGCUCCCCGUGCUCCGCGACGUCCACGGCCUUACGCCCAGCGAGCUGUCCAAGCUCGUCGCCAGCCAGCCCGGGGUCAUCCUGCUGGGCCCCGGCCGCGCCGGGGAGAUCGUCCAGGCCGUCAAGGACGCCGGCGUCGAGCCAGGAAGCCCCAUGUUCGUCUACAUCUUCGCCGCCUUCUCCAAGCUGAAGGCCCCCACGCUGGAGAACAAGUUCGCGAUCUACCGCAGCCUCGGCUUCGGCAAGGACGACAUCGCCGUGAUGCUGCGGCGGCUCCCGAACGCGGCGGGGAUCUCGGAGGAGAGGCUGAAGAGGACCGUCGGCUUCUUGACCGGCAAGGCGGGGCUGCGCCGCGAGGACAUCGUCGCGUACCCGAACCUGCUGUCGCGGAGCCUGGACUCCCACGCCCGGAGGUGCGCGGUGCUCGCCGUGCUGAGGAGGGAAGGGAAGCCGGAGGGGCAGCACCGCGUGCCCCAUGUGCUCGUGGCCAGCCUCGCACGGUUCAUGAAGGCGUACGUGAGGCGGUACGAGGGGGAGGUCCCCGAUGUCUUGCGGGCUAUCAAUGGCGAGAUCCCCUUCGAGGGCUUUGGGCUUGGCGAGUUGGAGAAGAAGAAGCCACAGCGGCAGGAGAAGAUCAGAAGGUGAAUAUACUGCUACUAUAUAAUGUGCAUUUUGGGCUAUUGCCAAUUUGCCAUCAGCCAGCCAUUGUUUGGUCACUGGUGUGUUUCUUCUUGGUAGCACAAUCCAUCGGUCGUUGAACAUUGUAUUGGCGUUGCUGAAUGAAUUUUGAGUUAAACACUGAAACCCAAUCGAAUUGUACGAGUAACUUACCUGGAACAUGUUUGCCAUUAGGAAUUAGAAGUUCAGAUUUCAGUUAUGAACAUUUGUAUUAUGUAUCUAUAUCUACUGUCUGUUUGAAACUGGGUUUUCUACUUGAUUGGUAACUGCACAUACAUUUGCACGCAA